GUACUUUGCGAACAUCCGGGACGAUGCCAAGGUUAAGGUGGGUUGCGCCUCAGAUCUACACCGAUACUAUGAGGAGCGGACGCGGAUUUUUCGGGUGCCGAAGGACAUCGCCCCAAGCUUCACCCUGGCUUUGUCGGUCGACCAGCUGAAGCUGUUUGGGAAACCCAGCUGGAGAUUGAAACUCCGGCGGUUUUUGGAGGAUGAUGGGCAACUUGUGACGCACGUUGACGAUGAGACGCGAUGGGCCGAAGGUCGCGAAAUGGCUUUGGACUUCAUGGCGAGGAACUUCUUCAACCCGCAGCACUUUCUGCUGGUUGCUGACAUCUCCUCUGCAGUGGCAAACGGCAACGGUAACGGCUCCAGCCAUGUGAUUGCCGCGGCCUCACGGGUGUUGGAUGGCUAUGGAGUGAAGGUGUCGAAGGAUGAGCAGGAUGCAUUGACAAGGAUGAGUCAAGACGAGCAAGUUGAGAACUUGAUGUCCAAGAUUCCUCAAGGUGAUUCUCAGUUUCAGGACUUCUUCGUGAAGUUGCAACAUUUGGUGCUCAGCUCUGACCGUGUUCGUGCCAGCCUGGAACAAGCAGAUCUUACACAGCUGGAAGAUGCCCUGGUUGAUGCCGAGAACGCUGGCAUUGGAAACGCGGUGUUCAGAAUGAGUGCGGUCCAAGCAGGCUCUGAAUUGCGUGCGAUUGGCGAAAACUUUCGUGACUGGGGCAAGGACAAUGCUUUGAAGACAGGGAAAUUGACGCGCUGCCAAGAGGAAGCGCUUGGGGCUCGUAAGAAGCUGGCGGCAGCACAAGCAAAGCUGCAGAAUGGGCGGCACAAAAACCUGGAGAAGUCCAGCAAAUGGGUGUUGAGAUUUGCCGAGACUUCUUCCAGGGGAUCAGUUCGAGUCUUGUUUCGCAGCUGGUCCGUGUAUGCCCGCUUCUCCAGCGCUGAACGCAGAGUGCAAUGUGACUACCAAGAAAGGCUCGUCUCUGCUGAUGCCUUGUUGGACUCCUUCCGUCUUCGGAGUAAAGGUGCUUUGCGUCGGCUCCUGGAAAGACAGGCCGUGGAGCGAUGCAGACAAUUGGCGCUGGAGUGCUUCUGGUUGUGGCAAGAGAUUCUGGUGCAGAGGAAAUUGGACGAAGAAUGUGAACAGAAGCUCGUGGACUUCCAAUGCAAAAUGAAGGACAUGAAACAAGCGCAGAUUGAGAAUGCAAAGCUCAUCCUCCGAAGAGCUUGUGCCGAGAAUGACCUUGCCCUCAUACGCUGCUGCUUUCAGGCAUUUCAUGAGACGUGGCAGGAGGCUGCACAAGAGCAGCAUAUCGCAGUGCAGGUGGACUUGAGCCAGGAGAAAAUGAAGGAGUUUAUGAAGCGAAAGUCUACCAUUGCGUUGCGGCUGCUGAAGGAAAUGUGCUAUGCCACAGCUGCAGGCUUUCAACAGGAGGUCUUUUCGUCCUGGGUGACGCUGGUCCAACAAAGCCAUGGUGAAGGGCAGUUGCAGGGCCUCUUACAGCAGCAGCAGCAAAGGAUCGAGGCGGUGCGUCAACGGAGUCGCAACAACAACCACUUGUUGGUCCAGGGCCUUGAGAAGCAGUACCAUAGCGAUAUGCAGCUGGAGAUCUUCAGCCAUUGGAGGACCUUUGCGGGCGUUGAAAGCAAAGUGCUUGGCCACAAGGUCAAGGUGGACGCGAAACGGCAACAGCUGCAGGGUGUGCAGAGCCUCUUCCGGAGCUUUGCUGCACAACUGGAGAGACAACUCAGGGAAAGCAGUCAGAAGGACGAAUUUUGCAGUUCGCUGCCCCUGGAGAUCUGA